UUGAGUACAAAGGGAUAUCUAUCUCGUGGAGGUAACAAGAACGUUAAUCGCCGAGAAAUUCGUUUUGCUGCGCAAAACCUUUACAAGCGAUAUCCUGGGCAUUUAUUCUUUGAGACGUACCACGUUAAUGUGGAUGUUUUUCGUGAAGUUGUGGAGAAAUUACGUCCAUAUUUUGAAAUGAGUUCGACGAAGAGGCCUUAUUCUACGGAAUGCAAAAUCGCUGCCUGCCUCCAUAUGCUGGCACACGGAUCACCGGUACGGUCACAGGGCGAACUUCAUGGUUUGUCGCGCUCGACGACGAGUAGAGCUUUUCGGACGUUUUUGAAUGCCAUGAAGAAAGAAUACUGGCCGGUUAUACAGUUUCCCGACGAAGAUGGUAUGAUGCGUUCGGCCCGAGAGUUUGAAGAAAAAGGACUGCUUUAUGGCGCUGAUUGGGUACCAAAAAUACUGGGAGCAGUGGACGGGACACACAUCAACAUUAAAGCACCACACUCUCGCCCUCAAAGCUACGUCAACAGGAAAGGGGAAUUAUCUCUUAACGUGCAGGCUUGUGUCAAUUCGUCUAUGGAAUUUAUACAUCUAUAUGUUGGAGCUCCUGGGCGGGUGCAUGACCAGAACGUGUACGACAAUUCGGGUCUGGAAGGCUUAAUUCCAGAGAACUGGAUGAUUUUGGGUGAUGGUGGGUACCGUGCGACAAGAAAAGUUUUGACACCUUUUAGAGAGAACGGCCGCCUCUCAGCUAGGCAGGAAGAUUUCAAUGAAAUUCAGUCCAGUUUAAGAAAAGUCGUUGAAAGAGCUUUCGGCGUUCUGAAGCGACGUUUUCGAAUUUUGAAGUUCUUGGAUUAA